AUGUCCUCUUCCUCCUCUUCUACAUCAGACCCGAAAGGCAAACGACAACGACCAACCUAUCCUCCGGGUACUGCCAUGCCCCCUCCAGAACCGGGCGGUGUGACAACCAGCUGGGCCCCGCCUCCGCAUCACGUCGCCACAGGCGUCAACGUGCCCCAAUGGGUGGACGAGCGAUGUCUGUCCUACUGCACUCAGCGGUCCGGCAAUCGCACAUUCCAGGGCGAGCCGACGUGCCACGUCCUCUGCUGGCGCAAGAUCUAUGAGCACGAGCAGAGACUCCUCGACGCUGCCUCGCUACCUGGACAAAUCGGCAUCAAUAGCCCCGGUACUUCCCCUCAGGUCGAUAAAUGGAAGGCGGAGCGAGCCCGGCUGCGAUCCCUCACCCGGCGCUUCGCGCCUGAGCGGGAGAAACAAUGGAAGUCUGCUGCUAGUGAGCGGAAGGCGAGUCUUGCGGAACGCCCUGCAUCCCCCCCGCCCGUAGAGGGGAGGACACGAGAAGGAGGCGAUGAGCUGCGAGGUCCAGAGAAAACCCUUCAACUUGAGACGGAUACAUCUGCUUCGACUUCCGCUAAUUUCAUAUCUGGUUCUUUCAGUCCAUUCCCGCCUCCACCGAACAACAUAUGGUCAUUCCUCCGCGGUCACUACAUCUUUUAUGGUCGCGGGCCCGAUCGUGUCAUCGCUCGAACACGAACAAUGGGGCAUAUCGGGCAUCCGAACAAUUGGUACUUGACCGCCAAAGAGCUCGAGAAGGACGGAGAGAGUGUUGGUGCAAUAUUGGAGUCGAGCUUGAAGGAGCAAGCGAAGCUCCAACAACUUGUGGAAGCGCCUGGGGCUGUGGGGAUGAAGCACCUGCAUGCAGAGGAGAACUGGAAAAAGGCGCAAAAGAAAGAGAGACGGAAACAGACAGACUAUAUUGUCCUAAUAUCACUUGAGCACCUCCCAUUCGCCAUGUAUUCGAGCGCUGUCAGCACCCUAGAGCGUGUCACCGGUCCGUUGGGUGCUUUUUUCACCAAGUACCAGGAGAGCUUCACUUCGGGCCAACAAGUGCGAACGAUGCGCCGUAUCUGGUCGACGGUAAAGGAUCCGGAGUAUGGACCGAUGGGGAUGUUCAAGCGUGCCACGGAGAGUUGGGAGAGGCUUAGAAAAGAGGAGAUAGACAAGUCGAUGCGAGAAAAAGGGAAAGAGAGGAGUAGCAGAGAGAAGGAGUAGCCUGGUCGUGUAUCUUGUUGAUCUGGAGUGUCAAACGUGGAAGUCCUUCAUAUUCGUUAUGGAGUCCUCUGAUCUUACUUGCAUUGUAAUAUCCGCACUCCACUCAUCACGUCCAUACUUACAGCCCACUGGCAGUCUCGUCCGCAACGUAUCCUCAGCACCCUCC